AUGGAUACUCAUGACGGGAUUCCGGAAUCCAACGAUCUUCCCUUGGAUUUGAUGCCUCCCGUGAUUAGAGCAGUCAUGAGUGUCAACUGCAACGCGCUAGAUGUAGAACCUGAGCACAACAUGGAAGCACCUGAACAUCUGCUUAAUGACAUGGAGCUUGAUCCAGCUCGUGCUUUGAAUGCUGCUCCAGCUGUAGUUGAACCUUGUGAGACAACCACUGUGGUGCAGAAGCCAACAGUAACACCAGAUAAGCCUUCAACAUCAUCGGCAAAUGAAGACAGUCAGUUUGUUGCACCAGUUUUGGAAGGCAGAGACAACACACAGCUCCGUCGUCAAAUGGCAAGUGUAGGAAAACAACCAAAAGCUAGUCAACAGCGGAAAAAGAGAGAUCAGGUCGAAAGCCUUUAUGAUUCACUAACGGAUUAUUUCGAUCCUACUGAGGGACGUCGUCAGCGGAAGCGGACGAAAACUCUGGAAGAAGAGCAAGCGGAUCAGCGUGACUUAGAGUUGAUAGCUGCGAUGGAGGCUCAGUCUGCAUCGUCAGCCUCAGCUGACGCAUCGGGUGCAGAGCAAGGUGACGAUCAUAAGGUUGGGGACAGCGAUGAGGAUCGCAAGUUCUAUGAGAAGAAAGAUCGACGCAGAAAGAAGAAGGAUGAUGUUCCCGAAAGACCUCCAACUCCAACUGAUGUCAUACAAAAGCGUGACCAAGAAUGGACAGAGCGACAACGGAAACGGCAAGAAAAGUUUAGGCGGCGAAAGGGUAACGAAAGCGAACAGGAAUGUUGGAAUAAUGAUGUCAUGGCAGAACAUGACUCAAGAGCUCGUCUAAAUGUGAUCAUCGAUCAGAUUUUCGAUCAAGUUGAAGACCUAGAUAUGAUGAACAUAGAACAAAAUGGGAAAGGUAACGUAAAUCUUCCCUUAGCUUUCCAUGCUAUUACCUAUUCAUCGAUUUUAGAUGAGGAUGGAGAUGACGACGAUGAGGGUGUUAGUCAAGAACUACUGAUAGACCGUUCAGUAUUGGAUGAUCUUCGUAACGAAGUACAAAAGCUUCUCACCUGGAAAAAGCUGACAAGCAUAUCAUCUGAUCGCCUCAUAAAGUUGAUCACAGUUCUGGAGAGGAAUAUGCGCGAUGUUGUCAGUUCUGACGGCACUCGUCUUCUUGUUCCGAUAAUUACGGAUGAAGACGCAGAAGAAGACGACCAGGCUCUUCGGGAACUCCUCGACGAACGUUUGAUUCGAGGUGCUGAUGCUGCUUGUACAACCUUGAUGAUCAUGACUUGUCACAAAAUGCCAAAACAGGUAUACAUAGAAGAUGCCAUCGAACGCUCUAUCAAUCUCUGUCGGCAUUACUUGAGAACGAUUAUCUACCCUGCUUCGGACCCAUUGUAUGGACCAGGAAGGAAACAGAAAGGUGCUUUUGCCAACUUCUGCGCCACUUUUUUAGAAUCAGCCUUUAUCUCCGGAAAUAACGGCACCACUUUAACAGUACUUUCGAUGGAUGAAUUUUCUGUUGUUGAUUUUUUUUUGUAG